GUCCGCGACGCCGAGUAGCGAGGUUGUGUUCGUUUACUCCAUCGACGAGAGAGCCGUAUCUCUCGGGCAUUCGCGUCCUUAUACUCUUAACUUGGCUUGACGGUCGUCGCCGCGAGAAUUCGAUAGUCGUGGUAUCGAUGCAACAGUGGUGUUUCGUUCUUCCACAGAUAUUUCGCCGAUUCGGAUACCUUCUCGGAAUUCCGUGGGAAUCGUCGCGAGUGCGAUUUUGAAAGUGCUAUUCGACGCGUCGUCAGUGCUUAGAGGAUACUGUACAGUGCUUGUGCCGAGAGGGGAUAAUAUCACCCUAAAUAUUGUGGGAUUCCGUCGUACUCAUUGCAGUGAGAUUUACGCUGUGUAACUAAGAUCUGCGAUCGACAGUCUUCGCAUCUCCGCGUCUCGACAGAUAUGUACGUGAAGGCACGAGAAUCUUCCUCGAGACGUCGCGCUUAAAAAGUGUUAAAGUUAUGAAUCCGCCGAUCUAGCGUCGUCACGGAAUACUCGUUUUACGCACGCUCCACGCAUUCGUGACUGCCGCCGAGAAUCCGAGCUUCGACUCUAACAUGUCGAGCGGUGUCGCGUGCAUUCGCCGUAUCGAAUGAUCGACGGCGAGCGACGGGUAGCUUCGCGCUCUGCGACGAUUCCAACCAAGAACACGUACGUCCGUAGCAUUUCGCGUUUUUGUAGCGUCGUAGCGGCAAUUCCGCGAUCAGCAUCGUCGCUAUAUCAUUUCCAAAGAAUCUCGGAAGGAAAACUGAACCGAUGAACGAUCUGGUAAGCUGUGCUCCGGGCGAGAAAAACACAGGCUGGAUCCAUGGAACCGGUGCUAUCAUCUCGGAUACCAUCGACAACGACGCGCCGAGAAAAACGAAUCGCGUCUGAUUGCUCCGACUUGGAUACGUGUAAAAUCGAAACCUCGUCGAUACGUUGAAUCUACGAUAAUAUCUCUCGUUGAAUAUUAAAAAUCGUCGAAGAUCAUUAUAUUGGAUUUUCUCGGGAUGACAGUGUGAAAGCGACGGGAAUUAUACUGAUAAGGUGGAUAAGGAGGCGUCGCAGGAUCGCCGCGACUCGUCGACGAAAAAAAACAACGGUCAAAGUGGAGUGUGCAUGUGGCGGAGGUGCGACAGUGGUGGAAGAAGUAGGUGGUCGUUGUGGACGACUGCAACGAGGUCGCGGGCGAAAGUGCAACGGGUGCUUUGGUGUCGUUGGUGGUUGUUGUCGAGUCCGAGUGCCCGUGGUGACGGUGCUAGUCGUCAUCCCGUUGUUACCAUGGUUUCCACGUCCUUCGUAACUCUGGUGUUCCUCGUGUGUCUACAAACGGUACUACUGUCGACUGUGAGCAAUUGCGCCAAGACGAUCAGCAUGUACUGGAACACCACCAAUUCCAUAUUUCGAAUAGACAAUACAGAUCAUAUAAUCGACGUAAACAAGAACAAUGCAGCGUUCGAGUACGAUCAAGUCAAUAUAAUAUGUCCGGUAUACCCGCCGGACUCGUAUGUUGAUGACGAUGCUGAGAAGUACAUCAUUUAUAACGUGUCCAAGGAGGAGUACGAGACAUGUCGGAUAACGAACCCCAGUCCGCGGGUAAUAGCGGUGUGCGACAAGCCGCGCAAAAUGAUGUACUUCACCAUCACCUUCAGGCCGUUCACGCCACAACCCGGGGGCCUCGAGUUCCUCCCGGGCCACGAUUACUACUUCAUCAGCACCUCGUCCAAGGACGAUCUCCACAGGCGCAUCGGCGGACGGUGCACCAGCCACAACAUGAAGGUCGUCUUCAAGGUCUGCUGCGGUAAUGAGGCCGAGACCUCGUCCUCGUCAGUGACAUCGCGUAAUAAUUCCGUAGCCGUGACCAGCAGCACCGUGCCCAGCAGCAGCUCCACGAGCACCGUGGUUUUGGGCGGUGGAGCCGCCGGUCUGCCACCCCCGCCGCCGCCGCCGAUCGUCUACAGGGGCGGAGAUCGAUUCUACCCGGGGGGCAGCAUUCAUCAUCGUCCCGAUCAUCAUCAGACGGGCACGGCGGCGCCGACCCUGUCCCACGUGCCUCCGCCGGCCAUGUACCCCGCGUAUUCGCAUCCGCAUCAGCCGCUGCCGCCGAUUCACAAUGGACCGCCGUCCUCGAUCACGCCGCCCAAAACCUCGACCGGCCAGAAGAAGAAGAACAAGGAAUAUUCGGAUCAUCCAAAUGAGGUGGUAAAGAACGAGGAGCUAACGUACAACGGCGCGAAUUCGUACACUACGCAGAUCCGGUACGCACAGAGCCUAAUCUUGGCGAUAGGCAGUCUGUUGAUGAGCACAUUGCUGCAACAGCUGCUGCGGUGAAGCGAUAGCACCAGCAACGUACGAGAACAUCGUAUAUCCCAUGCGUCGAAACCCCUUCUUCUGUGAUUAUCCUACGUUUAAUUGAUUUCUUGAGAAGCGCGCGAGACAUACACGCGCGUCCCUCGGCCGUCCCUUGAUCGUAGUAAGACACGCACGAUCCAUGGUCGCGCCGACUCGAGAGAUGGCAGAGAAAAGAGAAGAGGCGGACGGAGAGAGAGAGAGAAAAGACGAAGAUAAAAAGCGAGAGAGACACAUCGAGAGAAGAGACACGCACGACACACGAGCGGCAACGCCAUAUUAACUACAAUUAAUACAAAUUAGCAGGAUUCCAAGAUGGAAUACCAUAGGGCGAAGACGACAAAGCCGAAGGUAGGACGGGAAGUAGUAGAGAAAGCGAAAAGAAAAGAAAAACGCUACUAUUAGAUACUACUUAUAGUACACGCCCACUAUUAUACUACUAUAAAUAGUAGUCGUAUUGGUUGUCCUUUUUAUCAUUACGCUGAUAGCUAUUUAUUCGAAUACGACAGAGACCGAAGUGGAAGUCGUGGCAGCGUGCUAAGUAUCCUCGAGCGAAAAAAAUGUACGAGAAAAACGGGGUCUAUUAGCAUAUUAGUAGCAGGGCUACGCGAGAAAAUCCGUCAGAGAUCGCGUCUCUUUAAUUCCAGCAUCGCGAAUCCCAUAAUCCAGGGCAAAAUAUCGCGUAGGCUCGACCAACAACGACGAACGAUCCUUCGUUAAGGGGUCCUUGCACGGAAUCGACAAGGUCAUAGCUUUUUCCGAGCGCGAUCAUCUGAGCACGUUGCGCCUCGAGAAAAAGAGUACCUGAAAAUCCUUGAAUAUUUUCGGUUCGCGGCCAAGACGAUCCGGAGCGAAUAAUUGCGAUCCUUACUGCGAGAGUCUCCCCGAGAUCUCGUAGAUUCUUCGACUCAAAGUCGUCGAUGCGACGUAUCGUAGUUCCUCGAUGAUUGGUGGAAGGAUCAAAGAAUUAAAAGAAUCGUGUGGGAGUAAUCAUGUCUCUCGCGCGGCGUUUAGCUCAGAUCGAUCGCUGCGGAUGCCCAACCAAUAGCAGGACGCCGAGGACGAAGGAUCAUUCGAGUUCGCGUGCGAGACCGUGAGUAGGAUAGUUAGCACGCGUGUAAAUAAAUUCCUAAUGAAUAUGUACAAGUGGCUCUUGGUCGUCUUGUAUGCCGAUGGGCAGCAGGGGGCCAGUGAGAUUUAAGAAAGAGUGCCGUAUUUCUAGAUAAAUCUUAUGAGAGAGAGAGAGAGAGAGAGAGAAAUAUGAAAACAGAGUGUGUAUCAGAAAGAAAAAGUGUGAGCGAUUAUAAUGCGAGCACUGUAAAAGUACUCAUCGAACAAAGCAACACGAGACAUGAAUUUGUGCGAUUUUUUGCCAUUAUGUCGAACUAAUUACGUCAUUGUUGCGAGUCAACAACAAGGAUUGUGUGUAUCAUUAACUCGAGCUGUUGGAUAAGAAAGAUAACGGAGAAAAAGAGUGAAUGAGCAAAUAGAGAAUAGCGUGCAAGAGAGACUGAGUCGUGAAUCAAGUAAGAGACAGAUUUUUGUAUAAUAGCUGUAUCAUACCGAGACUUCUAUCUAUAGAGAUCUGUAUUAUAUUUAUUAUGCAUUAUCAUUACGCUACGAAUAUUCAACACUCGAUAUUCUAUAUUCGCUAGUGAAAUAUCAAAUUUAAUAACAAAUAAAUUAAUGUACUGCCGGCGUUGGGGGUGAAGCGGCGAUUGUGGCGCGAACAAACCACCAAGGCCAAUUCCUGACAUUUGUUAUUUUCCUCGUUUCUUUGAUUCCGUUCCAAAUAUUAUAAUAUUAUAUAUUAUAUACGCGCGGAUAAUAUUUCUAUUCAAACUAUUCACGGUAUCUAAUUAGUCAGUUGUUCGAUCAUGUUUCCGUUUUAUUGAUCCUAUAUAGGUUUUCUUUUUUUAUUAUUGUAUUUAUUUACUAAAAAAAGACUCGCGCACGUAUCAUGUCACACGCGCGUAUACAUACAUUUCAUGCCACAUACUCGCGGAUUCGUCUUUCAUGCGACGCCACGCGCUUCGAAAGCGAGAUUGCGUAUACGCGUUCACGCGACACACACAUGCGUGCGCAGACACGACAUGCGAGGAAGAAAGAUGAAGCAGUGAAUAAUUUUUCUUUCGUGUCUGCUAAAAAAGAGAAUUUCAAGCGCAACUACACUAACGAAUUAUUGUAAAUACGAACUUAUGCGGAAAAUGAGUACCGUGACAAGAGAAUGUAUAUGAGUGCCUGUGCAGAUGCGUGCGUGUAUGAGAUAAGUAAGUGCGAAGGAGAAUAAGAGGUCCUUACUCAGGAUCUUUAGAUAGCGAAACAAUAGUCCUUACAAGUUGAAGAUUGUUUGACGUGACCCGGCUCGCUUUCGACGAGUUCGUUCAUGAUUCAUCGUCCCUACUUGCGUUUACGAUCACGACAACAGCGAAUGAUUACGAUCAGCCGAGAAUUGCGAAUAUACAGCGGAAAUUCAGCAGCAGUAUUAUAAGCCUAAGUGUCUGUAUUUUUUGUGUUGUACCCUCGCAAUAAUACAGUGAGCAAACCGGACAACGCGAUUUUUCACGAUUCCAACCGAUCAUCGUUUUGAAACUCACGCUUUUUUUUUAGAUAAAUAAUGUUAAGUAUAAUGCACCCACAGACAAUCAUUAUCAUAUCGCUAAGUGUUCCGAAUUGGUCAAAAUAAAGACUCAUUUAUGUUGCAUGUUAACUAUUAUCUUUAUCUAUUAUUAUUCCUGAAAUAACUCAACAAUCUAAAGAUAUUCAUCGAAUAACUAUGGAUAUAAAGAGCAUUUUUAAACAUUUUUCAACCAGAAUUACCAUAUCUCAUACACAUCAUUAGCAAUCUCAUUUUGCGAAAUCUUAAAUUUCGCUUAGCGAAUGAACGCGCGCUCGCUUAUUGCGUUAUAUUUGCGCAUUGUUAGGAAUCGUGAAAAUGUCGCCGAUCACGAGUUGAAUUUAUUACUUUAAGUGACGAAAAGAGAAACGCCGCUUGAUCGAUUGUUCGUGCGCGAGGUGAUACGUGAAUUAACGUGAAUGGUACUCAUCCGCGCGAACGAUAAGCGAACACACGCUAUAACAAUAAUAUAGACUCGAAUUAUUCGAUAUAGAAAAUAGACAAGGUCACUCACUGCAGAUUUACUUUUCUUUUUAUUUUAUUUAUCCCUCUUUCUUUUAUUUCUAUUUCAUUCACAUCCAUUAUAUCCACACACCAUUAUGUCGCAGACCGCGAGACGUGAGGCGUCCUGCUGCCGACGAGGAAGAAAGUAUUUUUUUAACAACAGAUAGAAUGCAUCUUUGGUGGAUUUGUUGGUUCAGAGACAUAUGUAAAUAGAUGUAACAUGUAUACACAAUGAGAGAUUUACGCGGCCGUAUUAACCAGUCGGAUCUAUAAUUCGGUCAAUGCGAUCUAAUGGAUCCGUCACGAUACGACUUAAACACGUGUAAAUAAACGUCCGAAAUAGGAUUAAAAAAGAGAAAAAGCGAAAACACAGGAUACGCUUCACGUCCAUCCCGAGGAGAUUCAAAUUCCCGUCUAUUAUUACGUUCGGUAUGCCACCUCGCUUACGUAAUUAUCUACUCGUGUGCGUGUACGAGAACAAAAAAAGGAUGCUCGACGAGACGCGCGCGGAUGCCUCUCGCACGAAAGAGAGACACACCGCGCGUAUAUUCAUGCACAUUAUAAAAGAAAAAAAAAUAUUUGUUCCUCUCUUCUCGAGAUCGAGGGUAAAAUAUCGACCGCGUUGACAACACUGCCGUGCGGUUUAUAAUGAAUUAAUUAAUUUAACGUAAAAAGAGCGAGGAGAUAAAGUGAAUUUCAUAAAUAUUCGCGUCAUUGUAAAUAAAUUAACGAUUAAUAACGAUAAACGCGAUGAAAUUUAUAUUAAAGUGCAUAGCGAGUACGAGAUAGGUUUCUAAUAACGAUUUAUUA